GAGACUCGCGUGAUGAUCAUAUGACGGCCUGAGGUUCAACAUGGCUCGCGUGGUCCUCUUUUAUCUGUUUGCUCUGUCCGGUGUUUUCGCCGGACGGUAUUUUAACGAGAAUGAGCCCUGCUACAGACCCCAGCCGAGGAGAAACCUACAAGGAGUUAAGACUGGACCACGUCCUUAUGAAUAUAUGAAUUUAAAAGACCUCCCCAAAGCAUGGGACUGGAGAAACAUCAACGGCGUCAACUACGUCAGCACCACACGCAACCAACACAUUCCACAAUACUGCGGCUCCUGCUGGGCGCAUGGAAGUACUAGUGCUAUGGCAGAUCGGAUUAACAUCAAGCGGAAAGCAGUAUGGCCAUCUGCCUAUCUGUCUGUCCAGAACGUGAUUGACUGUGGCAACGCGGGUUCCUGCAAUGGUGGAGAUCAUUCUGGUGUUUGGGAAUAUGCACACAGCAAUGGCAUUCCUGAUGAAACCUGCAACAACUAUCAAGCCAAAGAUCAGGACUGUAACUCCUUUAAUCAGUGUGGAACCUGCACAACCUUUGGCGUGUGUAAUGUAGUAAAGAACUUCACUCUCUGGAAAGUCGGAGACUAUGGCUCAGUCAGCGGGCUGGACAAGAUGAAAGCUGAGAUCUAUUCUGGAGGACCCAUCAGUUGUGGAAUCAUGGCAACAGAUAAGCUGGAUGCGUACACAGGUGGCGUGUACUCUGAGUACGUACAGGAUCCCUAUAUAAACCACAUUAUAUCUGUAGCCGGCUGGGGCGUUGACGAAAAUGGAGUGGAGUACUGGGUCGUCCGUAAUUCUUGGGGAGAGCCAUGGGGAGAGAAAGGCUGGCUCAGAAUAGUCACCAGCGCAUACAAGGGCGGCAGCGGGAGCCAGUACAACCUCGCCAUCGAAGAGAACUGCAUGUACGGAGACCCCAUCCUACCCAAAAACUACCUGUAGAUGGCUGUGGCAUGUUCCUCACAUGCAAACGCACUCUUAGAUUUGCCAAAAAUGAUUUUUUUUUUUGUGCUGCUCAAGAUCAGUUGAAGAAGUUUGGUUUUAAUCGUUUUUAAUCUCAGGAAUGUUUUAUCAGAAAUUGCAUUCAUAGGCCUUUUUUUUUUAUGGUUUUCUACACUACUUGAUGAAAAAAAGGGAAAAGUAGUUCACCCUUCUUCUUUUUAUACCAGGACAUUUAAUGUUUUAGGAUGUUUUAAAUAGACCGACCUCAGGCCAAAUGGUCAUCUAAUGAUCUUGUUUGCUGAAAAGAUUUUGGGAUUUGCUAUGUAGUAUGUCGUACUAUGUCGUAUCUGUCAAACCAUGUCAACACGUGAAGCCUUGAAUCAGUUUAAUCAGUGCACUGUUUUCAAUCACACUCUUCAGUAAAAGUCUUAUCAAGUUCUA